AUGUCGUACGAUCGCCUUUCAAGCAUGGAGGCCGGCAGGUCUGGCGGCUACAGCGAUGACCCUGCAUUCCGAGAUCUGCAGUCGGAGCUCAAGGGCAAGCUCCAAACGCUGCUCACCAAUAAUCGCAAGCUCUCAAAUGACUUGACUGUUCUCGGCACGAAGAAGGACACACCGCGCUUGCGGGAGCGUGUGCACAACACGAUGGAGAAAACGCGCGAAAUAUGCCGCGACAUUGGCGAAGGCGUCAAGAAGUUUCAGUCCUGGGAGGACCUCUCGAAGCAGCAAAAAUACGAACAGACCAAAAUAUCGAGCGACUUCCAGGCGGCCCUACAGGAAUUCCAGGGUCUGCAGCGCAAAGCGCUCGACAAGGAACGGGCCUCGGUCUCGGCGGCUAGGGCCGUGCAGGACGGCGGUGAGGCUGCCGGCGACGACGGUGCCCCUCUGGAGCAGCUACAGCGCCAAGAGUUCAUCGAGGUGGCGGACCAGGAUGAGGUGGAUUUCCAGGAGGCGCUGAUCAUCGAGCGCGAAGAGGAGAUUCGCAACAUUGAGCAGGGCGUGGGCGACUUGAACGUGCUUUUUCGGCAGGUGGCGCACAUUGUCAGCGAGCAGGGCGAGUCGCUCAACACGAUUGUGGACAAUGUUGAAAACGUCCGCGACGACACUCGACAGGCGGACAUUGAGAACCGUCAGGCGGCGCGAUACCAAAAGGCGGCCCGUAACAAGAGCUUCUGUCUGUUGCUGAUUCUCGGCGUCAUUUUGACCAUUGUCCUACUGGCUAUCUUCCUGGGUUGA